UCAAAUCCUGCCAAACCACCAGAAGCUCAAAAUUCAAAGGCGCGCAAAAAGAAGGGAACAAGUCAUCGGCUAAUCACGUAAUCAAUGAGGAACAACACUUUGUGGACGCUCCUUGCUCGGACAGCAUCGACAACCACCACACUCCGAAACCCAACUUUAAGUCCGCGGUUCUUUUGCUCGCCACCGUCUUCCUCCUCCUCUCCUCCCCAAAACAACAAGCUUUUCGUUGGAGGAUUGUCAUGGUCGGUGGAUGAGAAGUCCUUAAAAGACGCUUUCUCAUCCUUCGGGGAGGUCACCGAAGUGAAGAUAGUGUAUGACAGAGAUUCCGGCAGGUCGAGGGGGUUCGGAUUUGUUAAUUUCUCCAAGGAAGAUGAAGCCCAGGUUGCAAAAGAUGCCAUGGAGGGAAAGGCAUUGUUGGGUCGGCCAUUGAGGGUAACUUCUGCUGUUGAAAAAGUUCGGGGCGGACCUGUUGUGGUUCCUCGCCUUCCUACAUGAACUCCUUAUCUUGUUAGGAGGAAGGAACUUGGGAAUCUUAAAAAUUUAACAGCACUUCCAGUCACGCACUUGCCGUCGCAAGUUUUGUUCAAGCAUGUAGCUCAGAUCACUGUUUCUUCAGAUUCUUGUACAUAACUGUUUUAGAAAUUAAAACAGUCAGAGACUGGCGGCCGCGGAGAAGUCAAUUAGAAAUGUAAUUAAGUUUUUUCGUUUGAUCAUCCAUCUCUUAGACUCUUACUGCAUGCAGUUUGCAGCUUUGCUCAACUGCACAUUCAUUUCCUAACCUUAACUCUACAGACUACUAGUUUCUUCUUCGUUGUAGUAACAACUAUGUACGUCUAACCCCACGAUGCUUAAAAACCGUAACUUAAAUGCUCAUCAACAUUAUUUUCUUUCUUCGUCAUGAUUUGUGUAUUCUUCGUUAUAAAAUUGCGUCUAAAAGUUC